UUUACGAAAAAAAUGGCUGACACGCAAUAUGUGAACAUAAAGGAAUGACAUUAUUUGCGUGGAAAAUCGUUAAAACAACUUAACCAAAUUCGAAAACGAUGGCGGAGUUGCUAUCUGUCCACGUUCAUAUACCAUUGAAAGAUGACAUUACGUUGAAACAAUCCAAAAGUGCUGGAAUUUUAAAGGCGGGCGACCAAUCCUCGAAAGCUUCUAGCAAAUAUGACCUUCGCAAGAAACGCAAUUUUGACAUAGAGUUCCGAGAUCUGAAGUAUGUGGUGAAAGAUGGACACCAAAAAGGUACCAAGGAAAUACUGAAGGGCAUAUCUGGCCAGUUUAAAUGCGGAGAACUCACAGCCAUCAUGGGCCCAUCUGGUGCAGGAAAGAGCUCCCUCAUGAAUAUCCUGGCUGGAUACAGGAUCAGCGGCCUCGAGGGGGAAAUCCUGGUGCGCAAGAAGGAGCGAGACCUGCGCUCGUUCCGCAAGUACUCGUGCUACAUCAUGCAGGACGACCACCUGCUGCCCCAUCUGUCAGUGGAGGAGGCCAUGAUGUGCUCGGCCAACCUGAAACUGGAGGAGAAGAUGCCCAUGUCCGAGAAGGAAAACCUGGUGGAUGACAUACUUGAGACUCUGGGUCUCAUGGACCACAAGAAGACUCGUACCAGCAACCUGUCCGGCGGUCAGCGCAAACGCCUCUCCAUUGCCUUGGAGAUGGUCAACAAUCCACCUAUCAUGUUCUUCGAUGAACCAACCAGUGGUUUGGACAGCUCUUCCUGUUUCCAGUGUCUGUCACUGUUAAAGAGCCUGGCAGCAGGGGGUCGCACCAUCAUAUGUACCAUCCACCAGCCCAGUGCCAAGCUCUUCAUGAUGUUUGACCAUCUGUUCAUGCUUGCCAAUGGGGAGUGUGUGUAUGGGGGCGGUAUCAAGCACCUGCUGCCGUACUUCAAGUCCCUGGGUAUGGAGUGCCCUGCCUAUCACAACCCUGCAGACUAUGUGAUGGAGGUAGCGUCGGGCGAGGCGGGAGAAGACAAAGUCAAACAGCUUGUGGCGUCCGUUAGGUCUGGCAACAUGGACAAGUUUGUGGCCAGUCAGGCACAGGCGUCGUCAAACAGGACUUCCAAGAGCAGCAUGUCUUCAAUAGCCGAGGCCCCAGAGAUUGAUGUAGAUCCCUCGGAGAACGAUCAUCUGCUUACAACCAGGAACGACACCACCUACGUACCUGGCGAACACUUCCUCUCCUGCAAUGAGAAAAGCUCCGAAAUUGCGUCGACUUCAUCAAGAGCUAGUACACCUAGUUCUGAAUCUGGCAACAAGGACAUGAAGGGCGAAAAUGACUUCCACACGUUUAACACAUCCUCGUUUACACAGUUUAAGAUCCUCUUCUUCCGCACUUUCAUGUCCAUCAUGCGGGAUGCGACUCUGACCCGUCUUCGAUUGAUCGCUCACCUGAUCGUGGGCAUUCUGAUUGGCCUGCUGUACCUGGGCAUCGGUAACGAGGCGACCAAGGUGUUUAACAACGCCGGCUGCCUCUUCUUCACAGUCCUCUUCCUCAUGUUCUCCGCUCUCAUGCCCACUGUUAUGACAUUUCCGAUGGAGAUGACUGUGUGCAUAAGGGAGCAUCUUAACUACUGGUACAGUCUCAAGGCGUACUAUUUUGCUAAGACAAUGGCUGACCUCCCGUUUCAGAUCAUCUACCCCCUGAUCUAUGGCAGCAUAGUGUACUUCAUGACAUCACAGCCAAGUGACCUGAUGAGAUUCGUCAUGUUCCUGACCCUGGCAACACAGACUUCUCUCGUUGCCCAGUCACUGGGGCUGCUGAUCGGGGCCGCUACAUCUCUCCAGGUUGCAGUAUUCUUGGGACCAAUAACAUCAAUACCUCUUCUUUUGUUCAGCGGGUUUUUCGUGAACUUUGACACCAUACCAAUCUAUCUGCAGUGGAUAUCCUACAUGUCAUAUAUAGGGUAUGCCUUUGAAGGUACACUCCAGGCAGUGUAUGGCUUCGACAGGGAGUCGCUAGACUGUGAGAAAGAUAUACGCAGUCCAGAAUGUCGCCACUUUGAUCCGGAAACCAUUUUGUCUGACCUUGAUGUUGAUAAAGCAAAGUUCUAUGUAGACUUCAUAGUUCUGUGCGCGUUCUUCGUUGUCCUCAGGGUCAGCUGUUAUUUUGUCUUGCGUUGGAGAGUUAAGGCCCAGAGAUGAACAAGUUUUGAUGGUUAAAUCCAAGAUAUAGACCUUUCCGGUUAAACAUUAUGAUGGAUAACUUUCUUUUUAUGGAAUCAUCAAGUGAUGAAGGCCUGAAUGACAAUAGCUUAAAUGGUUUCAGCAUCCUCCAGAAUGUUAAAAACUAGUCUUGGUAAGAUUAUAUUAAUAAUAAUUUCUUCUUAACGAGCUCCACGUUUCCAUAGAGAUUAAGGCUGAGAGUUGAAUAUGGAAAUGAAAUCCAGACAUCUCCACAUUUUAAUGACCUGGCCCGGUUGUAUUUAUCACCUUUCCCAUAUUCAAUCAUCAUAUGUUGGAGGAAUGAAGACCCAGGUGAGAAAUGGUCAAGGCGAUUGAUAAUUGCUUACUCUGAAAGGGAUGAUUCCUUCGAUAAAAGGUCGGAGUCCAGAAAGAAAGGAUUGCGUUGUCUCCUUACAUCAUGUAUAGGGAAAAAGAUGUUAGAUACUUCUUUUUCAAAGAAUUUAUUUGUAGGUGUGAAAGGUUGUUAUUUUACUGAGAAAAACACAAUGUAUGGACUGUAUAAAUUAUAUUGUACAAGAUAUUUUUACAUGUGUACUUCUUUGACACUUUCUUGUAGAAAAUUUUUCACAAGAAAUAAUAUUUGUGUUUGAUAGCUGCACAGCAAUGCAUGGUUUUCUUUAUUUUAGAGGUAGUCUUCAUUACGUAGAGGGUAACGUUUGACAAUCAAUUAUGUGUAGUACACAUUGUUAUUAAAACUUUUUAAAACUUGCAAAAAAAAAUCACGUUUUUUUUUUAAAUCUCAGUACAGCUUAUAAAAUGAAAUCAGAGCAAAGAUAUUUUUUGCAAUGACGAUGACCUAUGUACCCUGUACUAAGACAUUUAAAGUAACACUAACCUUUUUGUGGGAAAUAAAUGACAUGUUUUUAAUGGUCAAUGCGCAUUAAAAACAAAUCCCAGGAAAGGUCAUGAUAUUUGUUAACAAUAAUACUGAUGUUUGGAACAUGUUUGUUACUUCUGUAAAAAUAUAUUGCACUGUGUUUGUAACUGUUCAAUUUAUAAGCAGGUUAAAUUAACAUGUUGAACAUUUCCAAACUUAUCUGCAACUUGAGGGUUAGCAUGUAACUGGUGUAUCUUCUUCAUAUUUCUAUAUAAGAUGCAAUAGUUUUGCAUUUAACCCGCAAACUAUUGGCGAUUUUGUUUCGGGUUGCCAAGUGCUGUUAAAAAAGUCAAGGUUUGCAUUUGAAACUGUAUUAUCUGAUUGUAAAAUGUUAUUUGAAGUUUACUUGCAUUAGGUAUUAUCUUCACACAAUAUUGUGAUGGUCUGCACUGAACACCUUAUGAUGCAAAACUAUGUUGUUUUUUUUAACCCAUUUAUGCCUAGUGGACUCUCCCAUCCUGCAAAAUUGGAUCAAUUUAUUAUGGAUGUCUUGUAUAUUUAUUUCUAUAUUUAGAAUAUUUCUUACGAAAAUUCCUUUAAGCAAACAGCGCAGACCCUGAUGAGACGCCGCAUCAUGCAGCGUCUCAUCUGGGUCUACGCUUUUUGCAAAGGCCUUUUUUCUAGAUGCUAGGCAUAAAUGUGUUAAUCGCAAAACUAACCGAUUGCUGUAUGGACACUGCCAUGUAACCAACAAUUCAUUUUGUUAGAGUUCAAUUUUAUUGAAAUGGUAAUUUUAAUGGAACAAGUGAUGUACAAAACCCUAACACAUGUUCUGAACCUGUUAAACGUCUUGUGGAAGAUUCAAUUGUUGUUUUCUUUCAAUUGUUGUUUUCUUAAUGUUAACUAAUUUUUUUAUAAAUUAUAUUUAAUUUACUGAGUGCAUUUAUGUUGAUAUGCACAGUAACUGAUAUUUUAUAAAUGUUAUUACAUUUUUGUGUGAAUGCUUGAUAGCUCAAAAGUGUUGCUAGUAAAUACAGUUUUGUUUUUGUUUUGUUAUGGUUUUGACCAGUACAGCAUAUGUGCUUUUUCUGCUUUGUUAAGUCUUUACCACUGAGAUUCGUAUUUUGACGCAUUUGCAGUCCCUAAGAAAGUCAAUUUAAUUAAAAUUCUUUUUUACAAGAUAUAAAUUUGAAAUGCUUCAUUUUCAACCCUUAGAUACUGAUGAGCAGCAAACAGCAUAAAACCUGAACAGACUGCGAGUUACUCACAGGCUGUUCUUGUUUCAUGCUGAUUGCACAUAGCCAUUUUCACUUUGCUUCUGAGUGGGACAGGAUUAAUUCGGCUUUACAUGUUUUAUGGAUCAUUAUUCAGCAAGAAUAUUACGCAUAUUUGUGUAUAUGAAUUAAAUCAUCAUUGUUAACAAACUGCACACACUAUUGCAGAUUGUCAAUAAACCAUUUCAAAAGUAAUUUUGCCAGAACUGACUAAAACUCACAUGUUCGGAUUCAGUCAUUGAAGGUAUUUGUAUGUAAAUACUGUAUCUUAUAUGAUUUUACAGUGUUUUUUAUUGGUAUUGUAAGGAUUAUUUCAUGAUAUGGAACAAUAUAUGUUUGGUCUGUUGUAAAAAAGGGUACACACUCUUAUUAAGUAUGCAAGAUUUCUCUAUAUGUGUUUGAUAGUUUUGUUAUUAAAAUUUAACAAUUGAAACUUAAUUUUUUCAACAUGAGGAAGAAAAUAUUUUGUUGUUCAACUUAUAAAAAGCCUAAACAAACAUACUUUUGUGUUGUUUUUAUUAGGCCUUAUUUAUUUACACUCGUACAAUUAAAGUGAUAUUAUGGGCAUUUUUCACUGAUGAAUUGAGCUGAAAUGAAUUAACAAGUCAAAAGAGUUAGUUUAAAUGUGGUAACUGACCAAUUAUCUGCAACUCAUCUUGCUACCAGUUGUUUAUAAAAAUAUAUAUUAUAUUCAAUAUUUUACAUGACUCACCCAGUCCUCUAAGCCGAAAUGAUCCGUAAAACUAGAUUGUGUCUUUGUGCGGUAUGAACAAAUCUGCUCUAAAACUAAAUUUAGAUUCACAUCGUACAUCGAAUGAUUUCUGUCAUCAGUUGUCAAAACGAGAGUACGCUAGAUAUUCAAAUGCAUUAUUUUUCUCUUUCCGUGAUAUUAUAUUAGUAUGUUGAUGCUGCAUUAACAAAUUAAGUGUAUAUGAAGUGAAAACACCCAAAAUAAACAACUGUUGCGAUAGACACCUAUAAACAUAGCAUAUACUGUAAGAUGCCCAUAAUAUCACUUUAAUGUUUGUUUUUUAUUACAUACAAUUACUCCUAGUUUUCUGAAACUGACAGGCACUUUCUUAGACAAAGUUAGUAUUUUUCGUGACUCCAAUUUUUCAGUAACCCAGAUUUUCCCUUAUAAUUAGGGGAAUAACAUGUUUGCAAUGACACAUAACCCAAAGAUGGUCAUAAAACCUUGCAGAUGAAUGUGAAUGUUCAAAAAAAUCAAACACAUAAAAUUAUUUUAAAAUUUUGAGACUGCAGAGACAAAACUAAUUAUUUAUAAGUGUCACAAAACUUCGAGUAUUAUGUUAAAAUUUUGAGACUCAAACAAAACUUAUUAUUUUUAAGAGUCACAAAACUUUGAGAAGUUACUAUAAUGUUCAAUACUGCAACAUAUAUUUUUCACUCAGGUAUUGUCAAUGUCUGGUCAUAUUGACACUUGUUAAUGUUAUUGUUAUAUCUUUGUUUUGAUUAUAUCCAUGUCAUCAUCAUUAUGCUGAGUAAUUAAGUGGUUGUAUUAAAGUGUCCUCUCAUAUUUUUUAAAGAGUGUAUUCAUCCUAAUUUGUUUAAGAGAUAUUCUCAUUGAAGAGAAAAGUAAUUUUAAGGUUUGUACUUGACUUAAAGAAGAAAAUGCGGUAAGGGCAAUAUAUAUAUAUAUAAGUUAAAGUUUUCUUGGCAUUCAUGUAUACCGGUAACUCAUCAGUCAUUUUGUUUUCUGCUAUUUAAAUAUAAAGGUCAUGCCAUUUAACCUCACUAUGUCAACUUGCUCUAACUGAAUCAAUUGGAACAGAAAUAUAUGAACAUUUACAGUAUGGCAUACACUUUUUUUAAUCAUUUACUUAUUUUAAGGUUAAACUGUUGUUGUUUUUUCUAUGCAAUAAUUCUCAUAACCUUUAUUAACUUUUCAAUUUUAAUGUUAUUUAAAAUAAUUUUCAUUUAAAGAGGUUGUUUUUUACUGGGUAUCUUUGUAAGUAUCGUUUAAUUAAUGUGAACUAAUAUUAUGGAUUUUGUAUAUUGUUGAGCAUUGAUUGCUAAUAUGUUUGUUGAAUACGCUUGUUUCAAGUAAUUCAAGGAACAUUCUUGUUAUAUUUUGUAUUUAUAGUGUGAGAAGAUUGUUAAAUGUCAGCCUUUAAGCUACUACAUCACAGAUUGCAAAAAUGAAAAAAGUGUUUGAUAUCAAUUUUAACAAUGAUAUUAUUAAACAUUCAGCUUAAAAUAAUAAUAAUAAUUCACUCUUUCAAUGAUCCAAAUUGUCAUGUUAAAUAAUUUCAACCUAUGUUAAAGGAACUUUCAAAAGCACCUUUUAGAUGACUCUUUUUAAAGUAAAAAGUAGCACGUGGGGCAAAAAUGCUGAUUAUGUUCUUAUUUGACCUGCAUUUUUUUUAAGCAGUUUGUAGUUUAAAAAAUAUGGUGCGGUUAGAGCAUCUCUCUUUCACAUGGUGGAUCUAAUUGUAAUUCCCACAUGUGCAUAACAUCAUUGAAAAUCUCGUCUUCAAAUAGGCUACAUGUCAAUGAAUGGCCUCAUCCAUGUUCAAAAGGCUCCACAUAACCAAUUAAUAUUACCGAUUAAAUAUUGACAAGUCCUACUCAAUUCAAACAUGGGCUUUUCCCAAAGAGUUUAUUAGUACUACAUUAUUUGUUAACUAAUGUAACAUUUAAUAAUGUUUAGUUGACUGCAUUUUAUGAGGAUUUUUUCUUAACAUUAAAAAAACGUUUCGUUUUUUCCACAUUUUAAUAAAACAUUAAUUUUCAACACUUACAAAACGUUGUUUCGACACUAAUAUACAACAGUUUUUGGCCACCCUUUUAUUUGUCUUGCAAUCUGUGACAUGGCAGCUUCAAAUGUUUAAUGUGCAAUGUAGAUAUGUCCGUCAUUAUGUAUAUAGGUUUUUUUCUUCAAUUUAAACUUUUUCAAUGAACAUUUUUGUUGCUUUUUCUGUAAGAAUAGUAGGUUGAAAAUAUGUCUGUAUAAUACGUAGAGGGUACCUUGACUUAAGUAUUAGAAACAGACUUGUGUUGUUUGUUUUACGCAUUUACCUCUUUCUUUACUGUUGAAUUCAUUAUAUCUAAGUAAACGAGAGUUGUGCUGCGAGUAUAUUCUUUGCAGUAACCAAAACAAUUAUCAUGAUGUUAUUGCAAUUUAUAAGAAUGUGCACAUGAAAGUUAAAUUCUUAAAAACCUUGUUUAAGGAAUGUCUAGCACACCGUUUGGUAUUCCGAUAGGGAUAUUAAAACAAUGAGAACAUCAAAGUUACAUAUUAGUUGUUGAUAAUAAUUAAAUCUAGACGCAGAGCUUAUUUAUAGCCUGAACAAUGGAUAUACUUUUGGUCUGAACAAUUUGGAAAAUAGUUCAAAAUUUAACUCAGUGUCUCACAUGUUGAUGAAUUAUGUUAUGAACCACUAUCCAUUUGGAUGCGCUCUAAGUUACAUCCUCUCACAAUAAAAAUCGUUUAUUGACACUAUAUUGUUUCAGUCUUCAGGAUUUAUACCCAACACCGCUUUCCAACACCUAUUGCUUAUGUAAAAAAAUAUUAUGUUGUGUCCUCGUGCAUUUCAGUUUUUUAGCUCAUCUAUUUUUUGAAAAAAAAUUAUGAGCUAUUGUCAUCACCUUGGCGUCGGCGUCGGCGUUGGCGUUGGCGGCGGCAUCCGGUUAAGUUUUGCGUUUAGGUCCACUUUUCUCAGAAAGUAUCAAUGCUAUUGCAUUCAAACUUGGUACACUUACUUACUAUCAUGAGGGGACUGGGCAGGCAAAGUUAGAUAACUCUGGCGUGCAUUUUGACAGAAUUAUGUGCCCUUUUUAUACUUAAAAAAUUGAAAAUUUUGGUUAAGUUUUGCGUUUAGUUCCACUUUUCUCAGUAAGUAUCAAUGCUAUUGCAUUCAAACUUGGUACACUUACUUACUAUCAUGAGGGGACUGGGCAGGCAAAGUUAGAUAACUCUGGCAUGCAUUUUGACAGAAUUAUGUGCCCUUUUUAUACUUAGAAAAUUGACAAUUUUGGUUAAGUUUUGUGUUUAGGUCCAUUUUAUUCCUUAAGCAUCAAAGCUAUUGCUUUCAUACUUGCAACACUUACUAACUAUCAUAAGGGGACUGUGCAGGCAAAGUAAUGUAACUCUGACUGGCAUUUUGACAGAAUUAUGUGCCCUUUUUAUACUUAGAAAAUUGAAAAUUUGAUUAAGUUUUGUGUUUAGGUCCACUUUAUUCCUACAGUAUCAAAGCUUUUGCUUUCAUACUUGCAAGAUUUAUGAACUAUCAUAAGGGGACGGUGCAGGCAAAGUUAUGUAACUCUGACUGGCAUUUGGACGGAAUUAUGGGCCCUUUAUACUUAGAAAAUUGAAAAUUUGGUUAAGAUUUAUGUUUUGGUCCACUUUACCCCUAAAGUAUCAUAGAUAUUGCUUUCAUACUUGGAACACUCACAAACUAUCAUAAGGGUACAGUAAAAGGACAAGUUGCAUAACUCUGGUUGUCAUUGUUACGGAAUUAUGGCCCUUUUUUGACUUAGUAACUUUUAAUAUAUGGUUAAAUUUUGUGUUUCGAUCCACUCGAAGUAUCAAGGCUAUUGCUUUCAAACUUCAAAUACUUACAUGCUAUCAUGAGGUUACUGUACCUGGCAACUUGAAUUUUACUUUGACCUUUGAAUGACCUUGACUCUCAAGGUCAAAUUAUUAAAU